CUGGGGGUUGGCGGCGCGGCGGGAUGGGGGCGGCCGGCGGCGCGGGGCGCUGAGCGGCUCGGAGCGGAGCUCAGCCCUGCCGCCUACCCCCCGACACGGGACAGCAUGAACCGCCUUGGCUCCGGCCCCGUGGGCAGCGCCGCCGCCGCCACCGGGCAGUACCGGGUGUGCGGGAACUGCCGGAAGGUGCCGAGACAGGAAAAAAGAGUCCAAGUCUCCCCACCAUUGACAAGAGGACCAAGUGCCUUUAUACCAGAGAACGAAGUUAUGCAAGCAAAUGGUUUGGAUGAACGUACUAAUCUUCUUGUGGAAGAAUAUUCUACAUCCGGUCGCCUGGACAACAUCACGCAGGUCAUGAGUAUCCAUUCUCAGUACCUGGAGUCUUUCCUCCGCAGCCAGUUCUAUAUGUUGCGCAUGGAUGGGCCUCUUCCUUUGCCCUAUAGGCACUACAUUGCUAUAAUGGCUGCUGCCAGACAUCAGUGUUCCUACCUAAUAAAUAUGCACGUUGAUGAGUUUUUGAAGACUGGUGGGAUUGCAGAGUGGUUGAAUGGUUUAGAAUACAUUCCCCAAAGACUGAAAAAUCUGAAUGAAAUAAACAAACUCCUUGCACACCGGCCCUGGCUCAUCACGAAAGAGCACAUUCAGAAACUUGUCAAGACUGGGGAAAAUAAUUGGUCUCUUCCUGAACUGGUGCAUGCUGUUGUCCUGUUGGCACAUUAUCAUGCCUUGGCAAGUUUUGUAUUUGGUAGUGGCAUUAAUCCAGAGAGAGAUCCGGAUACAUCUAACGGAGUCAGACUUAUAGCAGUCAACAACUUCUGUGUCUGUGAUCUUGCCAAUGACAACAACAUAGAAAAUGCAUCCCUCACAAGUAGCAACUUUGGGAAUGUCAUGGUGUUUUUGCAGAUUGCAGAUUCUUUAAGUGAGCUGGAGGCCUUAAUGGAAAGGAUGAAGAGGCUGCAAGAAGAUAAAGAGGAUGAAGAAGCCUCUCAGGAAGAAAUGGCAACUCGCUUUGAAAAGGAGAAGAAGGAGAGUCUGCUAGUAAUUAGUGGAGCAUUUGAUGAUGAAAUAGUUUCUACGGAUGUCUCCCGCUAUAUUGAAGAUCCUGGAUUUGGGUACAAAGACUUUGCAAGGCGAGGAGAAGACCAUCUGCCAACAUUCAGAGCUCAGGACUAUACUUGGGAAAAUCAUGGCUUUUCCCUUGUGAACAGGCUUUAUUCUGAUAUUGGGCAUCUCCUCGAUGAAAAGUUUCGGAUGGUAUAUAACCUCACAUAUAACACUAUGGCAACACAUGAAGAUGUUGAUACAACUAUGCUAAGAAGAGCUUUAUUUAACUAUGUCCACUGUAUGUAUGGAAUCAGGUAUGAUGACUAUGAUUAUGGAGAAGUUAAUCAGUUACUUGAACGCAGCCUGAAGGUUUACAUAAAGACAGUGACCUGCUACCCAGAGAGAACUACCAAGCGCAUGUACGAUAGUUACUGGCGUCAGUUCAAGCACUCGGAGAAGGUUCAUGUCAAUCUACUUCUAAUGGAAGCUCGUAUGCAAGCCGAACUUCUGUAUGCCCUUCGUGCCAUAACUCGUCACUUAACCUGAAGCAUUCGCUGGGCAGGAGUAAAGGAGUUUUUACUGAGUAUGUAAAGACCUUUUGAAAUAGAUACACACCAGAAGCUGUUUGUGAUGUAGCAUCAGGUUAUUCGAUUCUCUAGUGUCAAAGUUUAGCCGUGCUUCUUGACGGCUGUAAUGUGCAAUGACGUGUUUUAUUUUCUUGAUGCUUAACAUUACUAAUGAUAACAAAAGUAACACUGAGGAGCACUACUCUGCAUUGUUUCCAGCUGGAUUUCUGUGCAGCAGCCAGGAUCCUGAAACUGUUUUUAUUAUAUCCAAUCCUAGCGCUUUGUUCUUCAAGCACAGGAGUGAAGUGCUUAGAGACUUCUUUUUCCAAGCAAUCAUUUUUCAGAUAAGUGGAGUCCAGCAGAAGAUCAGUUUUACCUGUCCUGAGAAUGUACCACCAUGUCGUGACUCGUGACAGAGACCCGCGGGCUGCAUUGCAUUGAAUUGCCCACUGGAUUCUUCUGUGUCUCCUGGAGACUGCUUGCUGGUCACUGUCUUACUACAGCAAUUGAAGGUGAUGCGAGAUGUGGAUGUACACAUUGAGCACACUUUAAUGUGAAAUUAGUCGUGAUAAAUCCUACAGCAUGCUACUGAAGUGCGAAUUUCAUCUGCUUUGUCGUGCCCCUUCCUAUGAGAAGGGGCCUCACAAUCUGCCAUUUCGGCCACGCUCACUGUCUUUUCAGUCAUACAUAAUCUUGUUUUACUGACAGUCACCCUCAGUUGUCCUUCCAAUAUCCAUGUUCAUCACAUGUUGCAAUUUGUUUAGUUGGCACCUAUAAAGUUGAUACACAGGCUGACCAAAACUAAGGUUGUGGGUUUUUUUGCACUCUCUUCUUUCUCAAUGUUUUAACUAAGGAAAGUAAAGGAAGGCUAGUAUAUCUGUUCUUUCAUAUUGGAUGUAUAGAAAUUUAUUUCCCAUAACUUUUUCAUAGCAUGAAAUUGUAAUACUCAAAGUUUAAAAAGUUUCUAUGCAUUAGUGUGAGUGAACAAAAGAAAAGUGCAAUAUUUAAAAAGAAAGCAAGCUUUUUUCCCUGUCAUGCCACUGCUAAAGUGUCCUUCUUAUAUAGCCAUAAAGAAAUUUUAAAACCAAAUUUCUUUAUUGUCUAAGGCCUAGCAGUUUUCUUUUAGCUUUUACGGCUUAAGACAACCUGAUACUGAGAUGCCAAAGCAUCCCCAAAACGAAGCAUUCUUAGACAACCGAUAAUAUUGGGGAAGGGAAGAAAUAAGCUGCCAAAAAUGUCACAGUUUUGUGCUGUUUUCUGUUGCUUUUGACUAAUUUUUAAGAGCACAAAAUGUUGAUAUUUAUAGCUUUAUUUUGUAUUGCAUUUAAUGAACCAGUGAAGUGCCUAAAGAGAUGCUUAAACUUACCCAGUAGGAUGCAAGUUGUCACUGCUUCAACUUUUGUCUGUUGGUUUGGACUUUUUGCAUUUCUUUGAGGAGGGUGACCUUUAUUUAUGUCGCAUACAUUCAAAACUAACUGGAUAGGUUUAUUUUUCAUGUUCUAUCGGAUUGUAGAAGUUAAUACAGGAUUUUUUUCCACUGGUGAUGACAGAAUAGUUUAAAAAUAUACUAUCAAUCAAUCAAUAAAUCAAUCAUAUUUUAAGACUUUUCUUUGACAAAGUCAUGGACCAGUACGCUAGUGAAGUUAGUUUUCUCUUUUCUUCCCUUUUCCUGAUACUUUGCUGUGACUUCGCAUGUUGGUUUUUUCGCUUUAUCUGUCUGUUCCAGAUUGGAAAGCUAAAUGAUUGUACACUUUUCUGCACUUUCAGACUGCAGAUUCUGCAUGUGAAAACCUUGCAAGGAAGAAAUUGUAAUUAUUUUUUUUUCUAAUGUAACAUUGGCUACUUAGAAAAUUACCCAACAGACAGCAUCGCACUCUCUUAUGGAGAGAGCAUUGGGUAAAACAUCAGAUUUAUUUAUCUUGUAUAGCUGACUGCAAAGAUUUCUCAGAAGUGUUGAGACACUUGUAUGUGUGAACUUAGAUUAGCUUUUGAAGCUGUUCUGAUCCUUUUUCCUCCCUCUUGUGACUGCAGUGGCCAUACCUAAUGGCUUUUAUGCACAGAACAAUUCUGCUGAGAGAGGUUUUCAUGCAAUACUUCUGCUUUUUUUUCACGUGAUGGGAACUGUACAGUACAACUUUAAAUUCCUUUGCUUUCAUUUCAAGUAGUUCUCAAGAAGCACAGCGGAGCUCUGGAAAGGAAGCAAAACUAGAUUUGAGUAACUAAUAUGACGGCUUAGUUUACCUUCAGAAAUGCAAAGAUUUUUAGAGUAGGUUGAGUUUUACAUUUGGAAACAUGAGUGCCUUUACUGCUUUCCUUACGAAAUAUACAUGCCAG